AUGGAGAGAUUGAUCUAUGUUUCAUGCAUUUUGACCACUUGUGUUAUGUUGGCAAAUUGUGCACGAAUCCAUGUUGUUGAUCCACUGUCGUAUGCACCAUCACCGGAACCAAGCUCGCUGGACGUACCAACAACAGUAGGCUCACCAAGCUCAGAUGAUUGUAACGAUGUGCUAUACGGAAUGGCCGAUUGCAUUCCCUUUUUAAGCGAUGGGGACACAAACACAAAGCCGGAAGGUUCGUGUUGUUCUGGGUUGGAAAUGGUCCUAAAAGCCAGUGAUGACUGCAUAUGUGAAGCCAUAGAAAGUAGCACUGAUAUGGGUAUUCCUAUAAAUAUGACAAAGGCUAUGACAUUGCCUUCUGCUUGUGAAAUCUCUGCACCUUCUUUUCUUAGUGAAUGUAACCUCCCAUUGCCUCCUGGUGCAAGUCCUCAUGUUCAUCCAACUCCAAAAUCAUCACCAAAGAGUCAAUCUCCAGAACCGAGCCAGUCACCAACAAGUUCCAUCAACGUAGUUCCAGCACCCGUCACUGCUCCACAUGCCGGAACAUACUCAUUAUCUGCCUCUCUAGUGCUCAUACUUAGCAUGCUUUCUGCAUCAUUCUACUGUAUUUCAUUUUAA